AUGCAGUUGACACCUCUCGUCGCCGUCGCGCUGCUCGCGCAGUAUGCCGCCGCACAGAACAUGCUUCGGUUCGCAUGCUCCCAGCUGACCGUUGAUCGUGUCGACCCCAUCGCCAACCCGGGCAUGCUGUUCUCCCCACAUCUCCACCAGAUUGUCGGCGGAAACUCGUUCAACAUCACCAUGGACCCUGAUACCCACGAUCUUCCCGGCCAGUCUACCUGCACGUCGUGCAGCUUCACCGAGGACAAGUCCAACUACUGGACAGCCGUCAUGUUCUUCAAGUCGAGCAACGGCUCCUACCACCGUGUUCCCCAGACCGGCAAUGGAGGGCCACAGGGAUCGCUCGUCAACAACGGCGGUCUCGAUGUCUACUAUAUCCCGAACGGCAAGGUUACCGCGUUCAAGAAGGGCUUCCGAAUGAUCGCCGGAGAUGCCGCCAACACCGACCCCAACAAGGUCACCAAGGCCAACAUCUGCAACCGGUGCUGGACCUCGACAAACCACAACCAGUUCGUCGGUGGCGCUCCUUGCACUGGCAGUGACACUGUCGACAUCCCCGCAGACCCCUCGUGCAAGAUGAUCCGCCAGACCAUCAUCUUCCCAACAUGCUGGGACGGCAAGAACCUCGACUCUCCUAACCACGAGACCCACGUCGCCUACGGCCAGGGCUACGGUGCCAACGGUGGCGGCUCUUGCCCCUCGACCCACCCCGUCAAGCUCCCCCAGAUCAUGUACGAGCUCAUGUGGAACGUCUCCAUCUACGCCGACAAGUCCAUGUGGCCCACCGACGGCUCCAAGCCCUUCGUCUACAGCAUGAACAUUGGCGGUCCCGCAGCACACGGUGAUUACGUCUUCGGAUGGGAGGGCGACAGUCUGCAGAAGGCCAUGGACAACCGGUGCAACCUCAACAACGACUGCCCGGCUGCCGGUCUCCAUGCCCAGAAGCCCGCUGAGUACAACGCUUGCACCAAGAAGCAGAUGGCCGUGGAGGAAGUCGAUGGCUGGCUCAAGGCUCUCCCAUUGGGCCAGAUGGCCGUCAAAGCCUAG